AUGGCGGUGUUUGAGUGUCCGCAGCCUGAGCAGAUGCUGGCACCAUGGCCUGCUUUUGGGGGUAACCACAAUCCCGCCGGAGGGGCGGGCAGUACAGACUUAUCCGCGACAUGCAACGGGUACGUGCAGGGCCUGGAGGCUACUCGAGAUUCUCGAGAUGCCUCUUUUGCCAUGCAACCCGAAGUGCCGGAAGAGCCUUUGAGUGUUGGUAGCUUGGGCCAUCCCAUCGCCUGCCGUCGUCCAUGUGUGUACAUGACGAAGAAUGCUGAAUGCCAGAAUGGCCGUGCCUGUGGCUUCUGCCACUGUCAGCAUCCGCGCGAGGUGAAGCUGGACAGGGACCAGCGUGCGAUGCUCCACAAGCUUCCCUAUGGCGACUUCUUGGAGAUCAUCUCGGAGGUAUUGGAGGCCAAAGCGGCAGAGGCCGCACGGCCAAUUGUUUGGGAGGCCGUCCGCAUGUUGGAGGAAGAGGCCAAGCUCGCAGGAAUCUCCGUGCAAGGGCACGAUUUGAAUGCCAAGGCCCUCAAGAGACUCAAGAAGAGACUGGCACAUCUGAACGUUGUGAGUUUGCUUGCGUUGGCAAAUCGCAGAUGCCAGGGCAGCAUGAGCACCGAACUUGUACAAAUUGCUGCAGAGCUUCGCUUCCAAGCAGAGUGA